AUGGGUGGGAAAAGCAGAAAAAAGGCGAAUAAAUCGAGCAGCAGGGGCCCAAGGCCACGGCCCUUUGCUCCUUCUUGCUCCUCCGCGGGCCGCGGUCUCUUCGUAGAGGGUGGAUUCUUGUCUGAUUUGUCUGCCUUCAGCUCUCCUCCUUCAAGAGGGAGGAAAAGAAAUAAUGGGGUGAAUGGGAAUUCGAGAUCCGGUGCUGGAUCGGACGGCCUCUAUGAUACAAGAACCGGGUCGGGUUCGUAUCGUGGAAGAGAGGCCCAGGGGAUGAGAGGGAAUGCGAUUGGGUAUAUCUAUCCUCAGGAAAAUGUCUCUGAUGGAGUUGAAAACCAGGAAAAUGAAUUCAGUGCAUCAAAUCCCGUAGUUUUGGUCGACUCAGGGAAGAGCCCGAUUGUUGUCUAUUUAGAUGAAGGACCAGUCAACGAGCCCCAAAACAUGGAAUACACGUAUGAGUACACUACUAGCUUUGCACUGGACGAAAGCCCACACAGAGGUUUAGGGUUCCAUGAUGAAAUGCAAACUCCUCCACACGCCAUUGGGUCCUCUUCCAGCAGGCAACAGAAAGAGAGUGAUUAUGCCGACAUUUCUUCUUCUGAGGAAGAAGGUGGUGUAGAUGUUAAUGAUGCAAUGAACGACAUGUCCUUUAUGGAGGAAAAUCUAGGUUAUGUGGUAAUCGGUGGCUCUAAAAUAUACACUCAGGAUACCAGUGACGAGGAUGAAGAUGAAGAUGAAGAUGAAGAUGAAGAUGUAAGUGAUGAUGAAAGCUCGAGCACCUCAGACUCAAACAACUGCUCUGAAACAUCCGAGAGUGAUAGUUUGUCAGACAGUGGUUCAGAUGUUGAUGAUGAGGUUGCUGAGGAUUACUUCCAGGGUAUUGGAGGGAAUGUGGACACCAUUAAUGUCAGUCGGCUUAUAAGACAGGUUUCUGGUUUGUCUGAUGAUGAUGAUGAUGAUGAAGAUGAAGGCAGUUUGGACGAAACUGUGCACAAGUUGGGUGGAAUUUAUCUUCAGGAGGCUUCAAGACAGUAUGGGAUGAUGCCCAAGUUGGGGAGGAAGUAUUUCAGAGAAGAUAAAAAGUCAACGCCUGUUAAGUAUGCAUGCCCGUCUACUGUAGAUGACCUGAUGUUUGUUAAGGAUCCAAGAACUCUCUCUAGAAGGAAAAAACAUGUUGCUAGAAUUCCACAGUCUUGGCCAGGGGAAGCUCGCAGGAGCAAGAAGAAGAGGAGAAUACCAGGGGAGAAAAAGAGACAUCAUAAAGAAAUGGUUGCUGCAAAGCGGCUGGAUAGAAUGCGUUUGCGUGGUGUAGAUCUCCAAAAAAUAAAUACGAAAUUGGAGCAGCUAGUUCUUGAUGGCACGGACAUGCAGUCUUUCCCACCCAUGCUUCCACGGGAUUGUUCUCAGGUAAGGAGAUUAGCUGCUAUUUAUCGUUUGCAAAGUGGGUGCCAAGGAUCCGGCAAGAAGAGAUUUGUCACAGUCAUCCGAACACCACACACUUCUAUGCCGUCCUCAGCUGAUAAAAUACGCCUGGAGAAGAUGAUAGGAAUUGAGGACGAUGAAAAUGCAGAUUUCUCGGUUACGGGUGGAAAGCCCUUAAAAGGGAACAACAUGCACGGCUUAAACAAACCUGCCAGAAACCGUACUUCUACAACCCAAGUGGGCCAACAGUCUUCCCGGAAGAAAUUAAAUGGGUCAUCAAAAAGGAAAACUUCCGGCAAAGUCGGGUCGUACGCUGCCCAGCCAUUGUCCUUUGUCUCAAGUGGUAUUCUGAAUACCGAAAUAAUGGAGCUGCAAAUAAAUGAGCCGAAUGAGAUGAAAUCGGCCUCCGAUGGUAACGACAGCAAACCCGAAACGUGCACGGUACAAUACGGCGCGUUUGAGAUGCACACAACCGGGUUCGGCUCGAAAAUGCUGGCCAAGAUGGGAUAUGUUGAAGGCAGCGGACUAGGUAAGGAUGGCCAGGGCAUGGCAAAGCCCAUUGAAGUGGCCCAGAGGCCCAAAUCGCUCGGGUUGGGUGCUGAGGCUCCUGAAACUAGCGAUAAAUCUGGAAAUGUGAAAUCUCAGCCCAAGCCUGCAGGAAGGAAGGGGCCCAAGGCUUCUGCAACAAAUGCUAAAGAGACGAAAGAUGAGAAGAAUAAUUUCGGUUCGUUUGAGAAGCAUACCAAGGGAUUCGGGUCGAGGAUGAUGGCGAAAAUGGGCUUUGUGGAGGGUACGGGCCUGGGUAAGGAUUCUCAGGGCAUGGUGAACCCUUUGUCCGCCGUCAGGCGUCCGAAGUCGAUGGGGUUGGGUGCCGGAAGCUUGAGUGGCUUUCCUCUGGAUUUUCAAGGGUUGUCGGGGGCGCACUGGACACCAGGGACAUGCAGUGCUCUUCCAGCCGCUGGACCCUACCUCUGGCUGAGUCGUUUCUAG